UGCACCAUUGUUUCUUCUGUCGGCUCUUGCCGUUCAUGUCAGAGGUGUAGCUGCGGCAGAUGCCGGUUCUGCACGAAUCCAGUGUUCCACUGUAAAGCAAACAGUAAAAUCUGCGACGUGUGUAUGAUUUUAUCUCGCGCGUACAGUAUAUGAUGAAAGAGGAGACAGCGCGCGAUCAUCUGAUGGUGAUUUAUCAGAAUGAAUGAAUAUUAAAGACUGUCCCAUUCUGCAUUGAAGCCUGACGGCAGCCAUGAGUGGAAUUCUGAAGAGGAAGUUUGAGGAGGUGGAGGGGGCGUCGCCCUGCUCCUCACUGAGGGAGUCUGAGGAGGAGGAGAUAUCCAGCACUGAGAGCGGAGACAGCAGCGACAGCGUCAACCCGUCAGCGUCACACUUCAGCCAUUCUUCAUCAGCAUCAGCAUCAUCCUCAUCGUCAACACACGCACUGCAGCGGACAGCGUCCUCGAUACUGAAACGGGAGAAGCGGAUGAGGACGAGGAGGGUGCACUUCGAGAAGGUGACGGUGUAUUACUUCAGCCGGAGGCAGGGAUUCACCAGCGUGCCCAGUCAGGGUGGCAGUACGCUGGGCAUGUCCAGCAGACACAGCUGCGUGCGGCAGUACACGCUGGGAGAAUUCGCCAUGGAGCAGGAGAAAAUCCACAGAGACAUGCUCCGAGAUCACUUGAAAGAGGAGAAACUCAACUCUAUUCGUCUGCGGCUGACGAAGAACGGCUCGGUGGAGUCCGAGGAGGCCAAUGCUCUCACGCUGGAUGACAUCUCUGACGAUGACCUGGACAUUGAUAACACAGAGGUGGAUGAAUACUUUUUCCUUCAGCCACUCACAACUAAGAAGCGGCGUGUUCUCCUGCGCUCAUCUGGGGUCAAGAAGAUCGAUGUGGAGGAGAAACAUGAGCUACGAGCCAUCAGGGUGUCCAGGGAAGACUGUGGCUGUGACUGCAGACUCUUCUGUGACCCAGAGACCUGUGCAUGCAGCCUCGCUGGCAUCAAGUGUCAGGUAGACCGCAUGUCAUUCCCGUGCGGUUGCACAAAAGAGGGCUGCAGCAACGCAGCCGGAAGGAUCGAGUUUAACCCCAUCCGAGUCCGGACUCACUUCCUGCACACCAUCAUGAAGCUGGAACUCGAGAAGAGCCGCGAGCAGCAGCAGAAUUCCGGCUCCAUCGCGCCGAACGGCAACGGUUUCCAUGGAGACCCGAACAGUCACUGCAGCCCCUUGAUGGCGGGCCAGCAUGCGCUGGAAUACGCAAUCCCGAAUACAGUCCCACAAACCAACAUCAUGCACCUGCAGGCAGGCGACGACAUGGACGACACAUUGGAUGACGAGGAGGAAGAAGACGACGAAGAUGAAGAAGAUGAGGAAGAGGAUGAAGAUGACGAAGAAGACGAGAACGAAGAGGACGAGGACGAGAGUAGCAGUCUGUGCAGUCUCUCCGACUCCAGCACACAGAGUUUGGAGAACAGCGACUCUGAGGAGGAAGAUGACAAUGAGGAGGAAGAGAAGACGGAAGAGUUUAAUACAGGAUUUUCCAAUAGCGAAGUGGCUCCGCCCCCUUCUGUGAUGCAUUACUCAGAGAAUACGGUCGUGUCAGGCAACCAAACAAACGGCAAUUCCUACUUCAUCAACUCCACCGCAGAGUACUACCCAAUGGAAAAAGCUACUCCACCCGCACUUUUAGCCACUGCUAACCUAUCUAGUGAGCCCUUCUUAGGGGACACAGUGUCCUAUAAAGACAAGGUUAAUGACUCCAGUAAGGUCAUGUCUCAGGGUCCUUACAAUGUGACCGCUGACCAAUACACAGACUACUCCCAGCAGCCAGAGCAGCCAUACGCCAAUCACCACUUGGCCGUAAUUGGUUGUUGCGCCUCACAGCUGGAUAAAAGUGUCCAGUCCAAAGGGACCUUCCUCAGCCAAUCAGGAGAGCGGAGCCAGAUGGAAUUCCAAAACUAUAUGAACAACAAUACACAGGAAACAAGUUACAAUGCCAAUGGGAAAUGUUACUUAGCUGAACAGCCAAAGGAGAUGUCUCACAAUCUGCCCGAAGUUUCGCUAGCGGACAACACAAAAGGACCUACUUUACUAGACACUUUUGCUGAGCCCACUCCGGUUUAGAUUAAGAGAGCAGCAAGAGUAUAAAAGCAGUCUUUGAUUCUGCACAUCAAUGUUUAGUUUCCUGUUUAACAUUUGCCGGAUCCAAAAAUAUGUAUUUUUACUUAACUUUGCAAAGAACAAAAAUCACAUCAGAGAGUAUAAGCUUUAGGUUGGAAAACACUCUACGCAAGUGUGUGAACGCAAACACUUCAUCCAGAAAUGAAAAUUAGCCUCACCCUCAAGACUCUUAAACCUAUAACCACAAAUAUAAGUAUUAUGAUGUAUUAUAAUUGUUGUUUUAAUUAUUUAUGAAUUGAUAUAACAUACGUUUUUUAUAAUGCAUUACGCAUUCAUUAUAAAGCCUUAAGAAUACCCUUAUAAUGUAUUUUAAAUACAGGCUUCAUAGAAAGUGUUAUCAAAAUUUCUAUAUUUAAAAUUGAAUAAUCACUUUAAUCUAUCUUGGGCCAACAGUUGUAGAUGGAAGCAGCUCCGGGAGGAUGACGUACGAGGUCAGCAUUGCGCAUGCACCAGUUAGUCUUGUAAAAACCAAUGUUUGUUUACAGAAUCAAAGGAAGCAAAAGUUUCCUUACUUUAGCAAAGGAAAACCAGUCUCCUUUUGGUUUAUAUUACAAAUCCUCAUUUUAAAAUUCUAAUCUGUGACCAUUGUUUUGAUUUGAUCUUUUCGCUGCGCUUCUGCAAUGUGCAACACCAACCUCAUAAGUCAUCCGCCCGGGACUGCUUCCAUGUAAGCAUAAACUAGAUUAAAUUGAUUAUUAAGUUUUAAAUAUAGAUAUUUUUCUUACAAAAACACAUUGAUUCACUACAGGAGGCCUUUAUUCACCCCCUGGAGUGUGAGGCACUUUUUAUUAUGGAUGGAUGCACUUUAUUUCACUUCUUUUGGACUGAUGGACUGCAACACCCGCUGACUGCCAUUAAACAGAUUGGAAGAUCAAAGAUCAUUUUUAACAUAACUCUGACUGGAUUCAUCUGAAAGAAGAAAGUCAUGUACACCUAUUAUUUUGGAGUAAAAAAAAUAAAAUAAAAUAAUAAUAUAUAUUAUUAUUUUUUAUGUUGCAUGCAGUCCAAUGUUGUUCAUGCUAACUUAUUUUAUGUUCUGCAGAAGAAGACAUAAGGGUGAUUAAACAACAUAAUCUUCAUUUUUGGGUGAACUUUAGAUUCAUAUUUGCAAGCAUCGGCCAAGCGUUUACAUAUUAGCAUAAAGUCUGUUCCUGGCCUUAAGCUUGUGCAAUGUUUCUUGUAAAUUCAAAAGUUCUUGUUUUAAUCAGAAAUGUGGAUAGAACUUUUCUAUGUAUCUGUGUCAGUGGUGCAAAAAAAGAAAACAGAAAAAAAAGAUUGUUGCUGUUAGUGUUCUGAAUUAAGUGUAUAUCUAAAUGUUUGAUAAAAAAGCAUGUUUUUUGUUUUGUUU